AUGGCGAGGUCGCCGCCUUCACCACCCGUGCCUCUGCGCACCACCCGCGUCGCGCCCGCGGAGCCGGUGCGCGAGCGCGGGAGAGGCAGCGGCGCUCGCCCUCGCCGCGUGCCGGUCGACGGCAGCGACGCUGGCGUGGUGGACGGGGAGGAGGAGCCCAGCGACGACAGCGACAUGGUGGUGGAGAAGAAUGAGGAGGCCGACGACGACGGACCCUUGCUGGUGGAGGAUGACGUCAACAGCGGAGGUGUAGUGGAGAAGGAGGAGGGGGCCGACGACAACGGACCCGUGGCCGAGGAGGACGAGGACGUCGGCCGUGUCGCGGAGCAGGACCAGGUGGCGGGCAUCGGCCGCGCUGUGCAGCAGGACCCCGACGACAACCGCCGCUUGGCCGAGCUGGAGCAGGACGCCGACGGCGACCGCGUGGUGGAGGAGGUGGUCGUCGUGCCGGGCUCGUCUGCUGCGGAGGCGAUCGCCGCGGGUCCACCACCAGCGGCGGCGGCGACCGUCAAGGACUCGUCAGAGGCGAGGUCCGCGUGA